AUGCACUGUUGGAAAAUGCUGGUGAUCGCCUUGCUCUGCUCACUGCUGCUCAGCCAGACACACUGUGCUUCCUUGAACCGGCCAGAGCCUCAGCUGAUGAGACAGAGGAGGAUGACACCCUUCUGGAGAGGUGUCUCGCUGAGACCUGUUGGAGCCUCGUGCAGGGAUAACAGUGAAUGCAUUACAAUGCUCUGCAGGAAGAACCGCUGCUUCCUGACAACAGCCUCGGAGUGA